ACGGACCGUUCAGACGAUGCGCUAUGAGAGCACUGCCAGUACGGAGGCCCCUGAGACAGCAGAGUAUGCAUGACGGAUGAUUGAGCUUGCCAAGACUGGUAUGAGACAGGCACAUGACUUUGAGCGUCUCCAUAAGCGUGUUCCCGGUGCCCCACCUGGGGCAGCAGGUGGUCGUGGUCACCGAGGAGCUGGUGGCCGUCGCAGAGGUGGUAGGGUUGGCAGAGGUGAUGAGGCUCCGUCGGCUUCAGAGAUCCCGCCGAGUUCUUACCGGCCGGUGACUACAGAUAUCCCAUCGACUUCUCUUUCCCGGCUGUCGACUUCACAGACACCUUUGUAUACGCCGGACUUUUUUUCAAAUUAUGUGCCCUGGCCUUCAUCUUCACAUCCACCUGUUCGUGAUCCACAGGGUGAGCGGCCGGUUCGUGAUCUAUAGGGUGGCCUACAUCUGGACUUCGACGACUCCAUGUUCGAGGACUUCGUGUUUGAUACGGCACCAUCUGCAUCUCCUGCUCCGGGGGCCGCUCAGGAGCCUUCUCACCAGGCAUCUCAGGAGGCCGUCGACACACAGGUUCAUUCGUCUACGCCUGUGGACCCAUCUCCUGCACCCGGGCUCACUCAAGAGACCGUUGAGGAGCCAGCUCAGGAGCCCUCUCACCAGGCAUCUCAGGAGGCCGUUGACACACAGGUUCAUUCCUCUGCGUCUGUGGACGGGUCUCCUGAUGAGAUUGACGAGGAACCAUGUUAUGAAUCGGCCCCACCGCCCACCGUCAUCUCCUAUAGAAAGCAUGUUAUGAACCGGGGUCCGGGUCGAAAGAAGGGAAGGAAGGGAAGCAAGGAUGAUCAUGCCAUAGAGCAUGUACAGAUUAAGAGGAGGAAGGGGGAUGGAGAUGAUGGUGGUGGUGGUGGGGUUAGCCUUAGGCCUAGCCAGAGAACUCUAAAGGCUCCCACUUGUGGGACACAGAUUGUGAAUGUUGUAAAUAAAGUAUAUCCACAAAUAAUAUCAAACGGUGUAGUGCGUUAUGGCAUGCACAAUAUCAACGAUGAUGAAUCUUUGAGUGAUUAUUUGGGAUCGCCGGAAGAAUACCGUGAUUUAGUAUCCAUUAAUGUUCUUGAGAUCCUGCAGGGUCGUGAUGAUGCAUUUAUCUUCACAAGAGAAGAUGAUGAUAGUCGCGUAAGAACCUGGAUUGAGCCAAAGGAUCUCAACAGAGAUCGAUGCUACCUUGCAAAGGGAAUGUUGUUCGCAUCCAAAAAGGUGUUGCAACGGGCUGUCAAAAUUUAUUGUUUUAAGGACAUGAGGGAGUUUAAGAUUGAUCAGUCAAACACAAAGAUAUGGAGGCUAGUUUGUAGACGACGGUAUCAAGGCUGUGAGUGGUUGCUUCGGGAAAUUGUUAAGCCGAAUGGUAUGUGGGCUAUCACAAAAUUCCGCGAAAGACACACUUGUGAUAUGGAAGAAAAUCGAGCAGAUCAUUAUAAUUUAGAUACAAACAUGAUUGCUCAAGUGUUACUUAAAGACGUUGCCGAAUCGCCAAGGUUCCCCAUCAAAGAUUGUAUUCGAAACGUUCAAACCGUAUAUAGUAAAACUAUAAGCAACAGAAAGGGAUUUCUCGGGCGUAGACGCGCUUUUGAGAUGGUCUUUGGAAAUUGGCAUACUUCUUUUCAAUCACUGCCAAGGUAUAUGGCGGCUCUAUAACAUUUUAAUCAUGGUACUGUUGUAGAGUGGCGGCUUAUAGAGGGUAAAAUCUUCAACUUCGUAUUUUGGACAUUCAAACCAUGCAUUGAUGGUUUUGCUCACUGCCGACCAGUGAUAUCCAUAAAUGGUACGCAUGUAUAUGGUGCCUACGACAUCAAGCUCCUAAUUGCAAUAGGAAUGGAUGCCAAUGGGUCAAUAUUCC